CAGGACAACUCAGCAAACGAGUGCAAGUUGCGGAGUACCCGAAUGAAUGUGUGUGUGUUUCCUGAGGCAGGCCGUCCCUGGGAGAGAAGCGAGACGUUCCAAGCAGGAGGAGGGAUAUAUCCGUCAGCCAUACUCCGUCAAGAGUUCAAGGCUGUCCUGGGGGAAUUAUACGUCGCUGGAGAGCCACAGGAAGCCACCAUGGAUGGACUUCCUCUCGAGCUUCUCGAGCUUAUAUUUCUGAAGCUGCCUACCGCGGAUCGUCUUUCUUGUGCUCGGGCAUGUCGUCAGUGGGCGCAGGUUUUGUGCUCGUCAGCGUUGCUCAUGGACGUCCGAUUCGUCGUUCGGGGUCCGUGUUCGAAAGCAAGGACCACUAUUCUCAUGGGAAGUAACCGCGAAUACUCAAACUUCAGAAUUGUCAGAGCGAACCUCAACACGUUCAAUCGAUCGCUUUGGACGAAAAUCGGAGGAAAUAUACGAGAUCUGCAUUUGAUCAGAUGCGAAUGGUCGAUUCGGAGUCUGGCUUCCAUUCUUCGGCAGUGCCCGAAACUGGAAUCCUUGACACUCACAGCCGGAGCUCCAUUGUGCACUCUCCCCGUCUUGCACAAGCCCCCAAAAAGGAUCCGUCUCGACAAGGUCCGCACGUCGGUGUUGAGCGUGAGGACUUUGAUCAUUGAAGACUCCGAAGAGCUCUUCCUCUCAGAAGACACCCUCGACCAUCUGCUCGAAUUGAUGCCGAACCUUACUUCUUUAUCGAUGCGAUCGAGCUUCGAGGGAGACGCUGACUUCAAGAACGCAUUCCCAAGUUUAAUGAAGUCGAGGCACAGGUUCACUGAACUAGACAUCGAUUUCGACGACAUCGACAGCGAGCACGUGAUCCGUCUCAUGGAGAAGUAUUCGGAAAGUCUCCGAAAACUGUCCUUGAGGAGCUGCUGUUACCUCACCGUUGAGGCAUAUGCGGCAAUCAGCCGUUGCUCGAAUUUGCGUUCCUUGCUGCUGAACGAGGCGAAAUGGCUCGACGACCGGCAGGCGAGGAUCCUUCUCGAUAGCAGCCCUGAGCUGGAAUCUUUGAGCAUCAGGGUCGGCGCGCUCAGGAAUGAAACGACUUCCGCGAUCUUGGGGUUGAAGAAACUUCGCCGUCUCAUUCUGAAGUUCACUUUCAUUGUCGACCCUGGCUUCCUCAGUUGCUUGAAAAGUCUCUCCUCGCUCGAACAUCUCGAACUGGAUUUCAUCGAGGACGGUCCGGAACUUUUCCGGACUAUGGCCUGUCUUAAGAACCUUCGUACUUUAAUUCUAGCAGACUGCGAAAUCACUUCCGAUUGUGUGGAGGUUAUCGUGGAGAAUUUCAAAAAAAUUGAGACGCUCGAGCUCAACUGCAUUACACUGAAUGAAUUGGACGGGACGAAAUUCCGUCUUCUUAAAAACCUCAGAAGCCUAAGUCUCGAUCAGGCUCUAUGGCUGACGGACUCCGCCUUCGAAAGUGGAAUUGGACCCUCGGAUUUGGAAAGUCUUGCCCUGAGCAGUUGUCCUCUGACUGAUGUCGGACUCCUGAGCAUAGCGACCAAUCACGGUCGUUUGGAGAAGCUCGAACUUUCGGCCUGCAGAAACAUCUCAGACGCUGGCGUCGCUUCCCUCCUCAGCCGUGAGCCCUUCCUCCGGAGCCUGUCGUUGGCAUCGUGUUGGGGCCUGUCGGACAAGAUACUCAGAUUCAUCAGGGACCGAUGUUUUCGUCUCGAUCUCUUAGAGCUUCAAUUGUAUCAGAUGACGCGCUCUGCCGUGGCUCUUUUUGUGAAGCGCAGACCUUCGGUCGAAAUUCAGGAAUAUUGGUGA